AAAAAAUCCUACCGAAACAGACAAACAUAAUUCAUAAUGAACAUUACCAAUUUACGAAAAUGUCUUCCAAUUAAAACCAUUUUAUUCUCUCAAUCCCACCGCAAAAAAGCCUGGUACCCGGACUCCGAAUGGAUGAAACAAUUCGAAGGCCCCGUCAUGUACCCCGACGAAACCACCUCCAAAUUCAAACUUCCCCCAUACAACGCCAAAAAACCCCCCGUCGAAAAAAAAUUCACAACCAUGACCAUCAACUUCGGUCCCGUUCAUCCAGCCGCCCACGGCUGCCUCCGAAUGAUAACCGAAUUAGACGGUGAGAUCGUACGCAGCGUGUGCCCUCACAUCGGACUCCUCCACCGAGGAACCGAGAAACUCACCGAGUACAAAACCUACUACCAAGUCCUUCCUUACUUCGACCGCCUCGACUACGUCUCGCCCAUAUGCAACGAGCACUCUUUUGUUCUGGCGGCCGAGAAGCUGCUCAACAUCGAGGUUCCGCGAAGAGGCAGGUUCAUAAGGACGUUGUUUGCGGAGAUUACGCGCUUGAUGAACCACAUGGCUGUGACCUCGUUCUUGGCGCUGGACGUGGGGGCGAUCACGCCGCUGUUUUGGCUGUUCGAGGAGAGGGAGAAGAUGUUCGAGCUUAUUGAGAGGGCUUGCGGGUCGAGGAUGCAUGCUGGGUUCUUCCGGAUUGGAGGGGUUAGCCAGGAUAUUCCCAUUGGCCUCCUCCACGAUAUUAACAACCUCGUGUCGAAACUGAACGACAGACUAGACGAACUGGAGGACCUAAUUUCCAACAACAGGAUUUUCAUUGCACGAACUAAAAACAUUGGUGUUAUUUCAGCAGAACAAGCCGUCAAUCUGGGAUUCUCAGGGGUUAUGUUAAGAAGCUGCGGGAUCAAAUGGGACUUACGCAAAACCCAACCAUAUGAAGUUUACGACGAACUAGAGUUUGAUGUUUGUAUUGGUCAUGGUGGCGAUAUUUACGACAGGUAUUUAGUACGGGCUGCCGAGAUGCGUCAGUCCAUACGAUUAUGCGCCCAACUACUUAAUAAAAUGCCAGCCGGAGAGGUUAAAGUCGACGAUCACAAAAUUUCAGCCCCUAAUCGCAGGGAAAUGAAGAGUUCUAUGGAGGCUUUGAUUCAUCACUUCAAGCUCUUCAGUCAGGGGUUCCAGGUGCCGCCGGGGUGUGCGUAUGUGGCGACUGAGCACCCCAAAGGAGAGUUUGGGGUUUAUUUAGUGUCUGAUGGUAGCUCCAGGCCGUACCGUUGUAGAAUUAGAGCGCCGAGUUUUAUUCACCUGGCUGGGAUGACUGUUUUGUCAAAAAAUUAUUUUCUCGCUGACGUCGUUGCCAUUCUCGCUUCGCUUGACGUGGUGUUUGGCGACGUGGAUCGUUGAUUUGUGCUUUAGUUGUAAAUAAAAGGCUGUU